AUGAUCGAUGAAAACCUACCUACGUUCUUCUUUAAGAAGGACUCGAAACAGCCCCAGCUCAGCACGGUAUACCACCGUCAACAUGGAAACGACCCCGAACCUGCAUACACUCUCCGCGCCCUUGACCCCGCUGCCCCGACUUCCCAGAACCGCUAUGGAGUCGCCCUCUACGACCCCUACGUGACGGACGUCGUCUACGGCGAGGUCGCCGUCAUUCCAGAAUGGACUCAGCCAAGUCUAUCAGCGGAAACCAUUCGAGCAAAUGGUGGCGCUGCACCAGCCCCGGAACCGAUUCUUCCAACGGAGUUUACCGUCCAGCUCUACAACCCAGACCAAACGAUCACUGUGAAAUACCACACCAAGACGUGGAACAAGCCCGCCCGGUGGGAGUUUGAGAUGCCGCAGAAUACAUUCCGUGUUCCGUCGGGUUCAACGCUAGACCAGGGCCAGAUCGAUCCUUCUAUCGCAGAUAUUACCCCGAAGCUGCGGUUUAGCUGGCGCAAGGACGGAAAACUGUCGAAGGAUCUGACUUGUUUGCUGCAUGGGAAAACUUCUACCAUAAGCGAUACUCGCACGAAAAGUCGUGAACCAGAUAUCACAGUUGCUCUCUUUCAAGGACUGAAAGAGCUUACACUCUACCAACCAAAUCUGUACCGAGUGGAGAUGGAGGAUUUCAAGGGGUUAGAGGUGGUCUUGCUCUUGAUCACCAUCGCGAUUCGUGACAUAUUCUUCGGGCCCGCAAAGGAAGCAUUCCAUAUCUCCAAUAACCCAGCGCCAAUCACGCGCAAACAAACUGCGCCUGCUGCGGCCAUGGCUGCCGCAGCAACACCGGCACCCAUGGUGAAGUCCGACCGAAGACAUUCACAGGUCGGGCCUUCCGGAUCGGCAGUGAAUGGAAGGCCAUCGCCUCGUGUCCAUACCCCAAAUCCGACCUCUCCAGGCCCACAGGAGCGCAGACGACAAGACGAACUCGCCCUGCAGGAAGAAGAGCGACGAAACCAGGAGAUUCGGGCAGCGGAGCAAAAUCGGCGCCGACGAGAUGCCGAUGUGGAUAAGGAAACCAAGCGUCUGCAGAAGCUGUAUGGCAGGGAAGAAGAACAAGCCCGCAUGCAACGCAGCUCGACCCCAUCUGCACGCCCAUACCUCCCGCCCCGACACUCGGGCCCCCCGCAGCCCUAUUCUCACCAAUACUCGCAAUCCUCCAUGCAACUCUCCCAAGCCCGCCCCUCUCAUCCCCACCAACAUCCCCCAAAUGCCGUCCAAUUCGCCCAUCCCUACCAUACAGGCCGGAUGGACCCGCGCGCUCAGUCUUCCGCUCAACUCCAGCCCCGUCCACAGCCUAGGCCGCAGGCUCGGCCGCAGUCGGUGGCUUUCUACCAGCAACCUACCAGCAGUGGUGCGCUUCCUGCGCCCUCUAAGCCAGCCCAGCUGCAGACGAAAAAGAGUAGUUUCUUUGGCUUCCGUCGCAAUAAAGAGGAGACGGCUACAAAGCUGGCAAAAAAGAGGAGUUCGAUGUUUUGA